GCCGAGUUUUGUGCUUGAAUACUUUAUUCAGGCGAGUUAUCGGAGGUUCUAUACCAUGUACAAGAGGCGAUGGAUGAUUUGAAGGCAUUCUCGGACGCAAGUCCAUCUUCUCCACCAAGUCGCUCACAGCACUCGGAACAUGCCAAAGCGCUUGACAGUCCCUUCUUAGGACGAAGCGGCGAACUAUGGGCUUUGGUUUCAAAAAAGGACGCUAUCUUCUUGCCACGACACUUUCUUGCAGUGAUUGACAAUCUGAUUAAAAAUCCAAAUAUAACCUCAUCGUGCGUCUUUCGUGCAGAUGUUUACUACGACAGCAGCAAGCAAGCUCCCAUGUUCGACAAUACUAGUGGGCAAGAGACCUUCGAUCACGCAAUCAAGCACUUAAAAAAGGAGUACAGGCCACAGGCCUUCAUGUUGGACGGAUAUAAUCACAAUAGGACCAUCGUGCGCAAGAUGAUCCCGAGAAAUCCGUCUCUGGACGCGGCGCUGUUGCAGACCUGCCAUUUUUUCUCGAGAUUCGUUCAAUUAACAAAACACGAUUCUGGUAACUCGACACAGGAGGAUCACAUCUUUGUCAUGAUACCUCAUGUAUCGGAUGUUUCCAGCAUCCCAUUUUAUCAUCCAAAAGUUCGUGGAUUGGCUAUACGAUACUUGUAUAAUCCGUCAACUGCCGCGGGUAACCUCUUUGUAUAUUACAACUUCUUUGCAUCUCAUCAACUUGACCACCGCCUUGAGCGCACAGCGCUCAACCUGCUGAAUAUCGUUCAUAAGCAUUCUACGGGACAGGCAUCUGGCUACACCAAGCGAGUACAUCAUGACCAGAUUAUUCCGCAGCCACGUUUCCAGGACACGUACACGCGUCUCAAAAUCAAAUAUGCGAAGCAACUCAUCGGCAACUGGGCAGAAGAAACAGACCCUACGAAGCAUGUUUUCGAGGACCUUGGCAUUGCCGCGUUCUUGAUUGAAUUGUGGAGAGACAUGUACCCUGUUGGAUGCGAAUUCCCUGGGUUUGUAGACAUUGGAUGUGGAAAUGGUAUACUGGUCAACAUCCUGAUCCAGGAGGGCUACCGUGGAUGGGGCCUGGAGGCUCGGCCACGCAAGAGCUGGGGGCGAUUCCCACUUGAGGUACGGGACUGUCUCUCGGCACGCAUACUUGCCCCUUCCGUGCUGAAGAUUGCGCCUGGAACGGAGAGUGACACUGGCGCAUUUCAUUCUGGACAGUUCCCGGAAGGCACUUUCAUUGUGAGUAAUCAUGCUGAUGAGCUCACGCCGUGGACGCCGCUGAUCGCAUUUCUGAACUUUGCCCCAUUCAUUGCGAUUCCGUGCUGUAGUCACAAUCUCGCUGGUGCGAGGUGUAGGUUCAAUACACGAAGUGAACGUGGGUUGGACAGCAUAGAUGCGACAGAUCGGCCCACGUUUGAGUCUACUUGCACAGUUGAAGAUGGUCCUGGUCCAAAAUCUGGCUCGCUCGCUCGAGCGAAAGGUGCGGCAAAGCAGCCAUCGGCGUAUCAAAGCCUUACCAACUAUGUUGUUAGUCUAGCAAAGGAGCUAGGCUUUGAUACGCAAAAGGAGAUGCUGCGAAUUCCCAGCACAAGAAAUGCUGCAAUUGUUGGGAAAGUUUCAGACCAUGGCAUGCAGCAGGCAGAUGCCCAAGCUCGUCUUGCCUAUGUGAACGACAUAGUCCAUAGAGAAGUGGGAGAGAUGGAUCAGGUAGUUAAAGACUGGUUGUCAAACGCCGAGAAACUUGCGAGAAGGCCAUCGGAACAUUAGACAUCAACAGUCAGCGACUACCAUGGCGAAGUGCAAAGAAUUGACCGCGCUCUGCUUGAUCUCGAAUGCUUUUCCAUCGAGCUCAACUUGACUAUCUUCAUAAAUAAGCUGAAGCGUUGUCCG